CGGAGCGCCGAUGAGCUCGAUAAGCGGGGGCGCAGCUGCGGCGGAGCGGCGGACGCCGACUGGGCGUCCACUGCCUCCGCUCCCCGCCUUCUUCCUCGGCUCCCCGCUCCUUCCCGCAGCCGCCCGAGACCUGCCGGGGAGACUCAGGCUAGAAGCGUGUUAUGUGUAAAGCCCCCGAAAAGAGAACGCACUGCCUCUUCCAAAAAUACACACGUGACAUUGUAAACGUGGGAGGAUGGCAGAGGAAGCAGACGGUGAUGGCAUUUUUUAGGUGAAUUGUGCAUGACUGUUCUGCCCUCCAUGCUGAAUUACAUGACGAAGACUCUUGUUUACAUAUAUAUCUAGACACAAGCACCUGAAUGCAUACGUGGUGAGUACUUAACUCUGCUGGGAAGUAGAAGAGUACCUCUAGCGUAAAAAAAAAAUAUGCCUCCCAAGUUCAAGCGCCACCUAAACGAUGAUGAUGUCACUGGUUCUGUGAAAAGUGAAAGGAGAAAUCUUUUGGAAGAUGAUUCAGAUGAAGAAGAGGACUUUUUUCUAAGGGGACCAUCUGGACCAAGAUUUGGACCUAGAAAUGAUAAAAUUAAGCAUGUUCAGAAUCAGGUGGAUGAAGUUAUUGAUGUCAUGCAAGAAAAUAUUACAAAGGUAAUUGAAAGAGGGGAGAGACUAGAUGAACUACAGGACAAAUCAGAAAGCUUAUCGGAUAACGCAACUGCUUUUAGCAACAGAUCCAAACAACUCCGACGGCAGAUGUGGUGGCGCGGAUGCAAAAUAAAAGCCAUCAUGGCGUUGGUUGUUGUCAUCCUUUUGUUGGUGAUCAUCAUACUUACAGUUGUGAAAUACCACACUUGAUUUGAUGAGAGAGAUCUUCAUUAAACAAAAUCUGGGACAAUAAUAAUAAUAAUAAAAUAUUGCUGCAUAAUUUAAAUGAAACCCAUGUAUAUAACUUUCAAAACUUCUUUUCCAAGAAACUGAGAGGCAAGUAUCACUUCAAACUGGAGCAUUGAGAAUGUCCAUUAUCUUUUUCCCCUUCUAGCAAAAUGAAAAUGUGCUUUUAAUAAUUAUGUUCAAGGCCAAGACAGCCAGCCUGUUUUGCCACAUUCCAAGAAUCUGAUUUGAAACUAGAUAUUUGCUCAUUCACUAUGUGUGUCUGUAGUUCAACGCUGAUACGAGACUUCCAGCUGCCUCUUCAGUGGCUUAAGGACUUGGACUCUUGCAUUGAGAUGUGGGGUCAGGAGGCCUAUGUAGCUGUACCAUCAAUAUUUGAAAGGUUCUUCUCACAUUACAGUUGCUUUGCAAGCAAUUUCCACGUUUAUGGGUGUAACAAAAGCUAAGUGUUGUAAAUGCUGCUGCCUUCAGCUGUAACUAAAAACAUUCCAGUAAAUCUAUUUUUGACUGUA